AUGACGCCUAUGUUCUUUACUAUAAUGAACAUGUCCGCCACUAUUCUGACUCAUGGAAAGAGAAUAUUGCAGUAUUCCUUGACAUCCAGGGACCAGCCUCAACACAAACUAGCAAUUGCCGUCGACCAGGAUGCAGUUGACCUUGAUACUCACGGCACUUCGCUAGAGAAGGCCUAUAUCUCACAUUUGCGCGAAGGGCGGGUUAUCAGCGAAGAUCUUGUUGAGAAACGCAAGCUCUUAGCUGUCAACUGUGCAAUGCGGGUAGCUGAGGACGCUCUGGACCGUUCCGUGAACAGCAAACCUCUUGAUAGAAGAGCAGUCAAGAUUCCUUGUCCGAACCCCGGGUGCGACCGGUCACUACAAUGCAGCUGGAUCUGUGAAUCUUGCCAUUCGACGAUCGAGUAUGGUGUCGUUGAUAGUCUUCUCUACUGUGGUUGCGGAGCCAGCAGUUGCGAUAAAUGGGAAUUCCAGUGCAACGAUCCCAACCACGGCUCAGACUGGAAUCAGUACGAAAGCGAGGAGCUUCUCCAAAAGCUCAAAGCGCUAGAACCGUUCAAAGAUCUCAAUAUCCUGUUAUUAGGCGAGACAGGCGUUGGAAAAUCCACGUGGAUUAACGCAUUCACCAAUUAUCUCACCUACGACUUCAUUGACGAUGCGUUAGACGCCGAAAACAUAAAGUGUGUCAUUCCGUGCUCUUUCCAAACACAGACGGUUAUUGACGUUAAGUCUAUCGAAACGGAGAUUAGGAUUGGCUCGAGUCAAUCAGAGAAGGAUGGCUCUGGAGGACAAUCGGCCACGCAGUCAACCGAAGUGUAUACCGUUGACAUCGGUCAGACGCGUGUUCGACUCAUAGACACACCUGGCAUCGGAGACACUCGUGGUGUUGACCAGGAUAACUCCAACAUGAACGAUAUCUUAACAGUCCUUCACACUUACAACAACCUCCAUGGGAAACCUAUGGCUUUCAUCUCCGAGAAGAUCAGCGCAAGCAGCGACGUAAAUAAUGUUGCCAUCAAGGAGCUUCAUGACUUCGAACUCACGCGCCAAGAGCUCCAGGAGCGUCUCUUCAUACAUGUAGAAACGCUCAGGUCUGAAAAGGUCGACAAGCCUCGAACAGUCUGUACACACGAUGAAUGUGUGGAAAUUUGCACCGAUUUCGAAGGCAAAACAGACACUGCCACCACGAUCUUCAAGACCGUGUGCCAUCCAGGCUGCUCCCUCAACAGCGUCGAUCGAAACAAGAAGGGUCACCCGGAGUUGCAGAGGUGCUGGGCAAUGGCAGCAGACGGCAUGUGUCAUCAGUGUGGUCAUUGUUGGAUGGAUCAUAUGCACAUCUACUACACAUAUGUGCCAACGACCUAUCAGCACCGAGAUGCGGCGAUAGACAGGGACCUGACGGAAAAUGCCGGCAUCAUACAACUCAAAGAGGAGGCUAUCCGGAUGAAGAGGGAGGCAAUACAGGAAUUUAGUCUGGAAUAUCGACAGAUUGAAGAGGCUGCCAUCCAAUUUGGCUUUUUCCUCAAGAGGCAUGCAAUCGCUCCAUACAACGACGCUAUUGUCGAGUACCUUGAUAUGCUUAUCGACCAGGAGCGACAGAAGAUAGUGGAAGUGCUUGAGAAAGCCAUGAAGCAGGGCGACGAGUCCAAACUUCUGGAUAACAAGGGUGUGGCGCAGCUGGUCGACAGCCUUUACGCACUGCCUCACUUUGGAAAUGACCUCCGAAACAUCGUCAAGAUACAGGAGAGCGCCGCUGAGCUUUCGUAUCGAGAGCGGUCCUAUAAUGUCUCAGGUGGAGUUGGCUUUCAUCGUCGACGACGAGCGAACCGGGCUCAGAAGGAGGAAGCUGGAAAUGCAGAUCGUUUCCUGGGGAGCUUGAUAGAGGAGGCCAACCUGGGGGGCGCGUAG